GGGUAUCACAUGACCUAUUAUAGCACGUGCAUUUUGCGUAAUUAAAAUCGGUUCCGAUUCUUUUUUUACGCAAUCCGUAGACAAGAUAAACAACAAAAUGGCAGACGACCGCGACCGCCUUCGUGUUCGCGGUCGGUUUAUAAGGAAAGAUAAAUUUAAAAAAUCAAAAAGGAUGGACUCUUUGAAUGAGAGUGCUGAUUUGAUUCAAUGGGGAGACCAUAAUUACGGUUCGAGGGGAGAAAUGCCAUCGGAACCGACAAAAGAACAGACACCGGUAUUAGUUGAAAACAUUGCCUCGAAUGUUACGGUUUCAACUGAUAUCGGACAGAGUAAAAACAUCUCAUGGAAUGAAGGCAGGAGGGUUGUUGAGUUGGAAGUUCUAGCGGAACAACUCUUCUGCAACAGAUGCAACACCCCACUCCAUCUGAAGGAUAUAGUUGGUGAAAUGAGGUACGGCUUAGGUAGUCUUUUGGAGGUGGUAUGUCAGAUAUGCUCUGGUAUGAAACUGAUAUCUACAGGCAAGCGGAAUGAGAAAGGAGCAUUUGAUAUUAACUCAAAAGUCGCUCUUGCAAUGAUGCACUCUGGAAUGGGUCCUGAUCAUGUUGUGAAUUUUCUCAGCACAUGUAACAUACCCCCACCUGAUCCUAAGACACUGAAAAAGAAGGAGAAAUGCAUAGCAUUGUCACUUAUUGAUGAGGCAUCUGAUUCCUGCAAAACUGCUAGUGCAGAAGAAAAAGCUAUUUCUCCAACUAAUGAAUUGGAAUGCAGUUUUGACGCUGGUUGGCAAACAAGAGGCUCUGGUUGGCAAUAUAACAGUAACACAGGACAUUCCAGUCUAGUUGGUGUAAAGACUGGUAAAGUUCUAGACUAUGAUGUAAGAAGUAAACUAUGCAGUAUAUGCCAGCAUCAUUUGGGAAGAAAGGAAACAGUUCCAAAUCAUCAAUGCAACAGUAAUUGGCAUGGAUCAAGUAAAGCCAUGGAGCCUGACAUGGCUUUAUCAAUGGUUACUAGGAUGGACAACAGAGGGUGCACAGUCGGCAUAAUUCACGCAGACAAUGACUCUACAACAUCAUCACGGCUAAAGCAAAAGUUUGCAAACAUAAAAAAAAGAGACGACAAAAACCAUGUCAAGAAAAAUCUGUCGAAACAACUGUAUGCAGCAGCAAAUAAGUACAAAGAGCUGAAGGGGAAAGGAGUCAUUCCAUACAUACUUAGAUGUUAUAUGUAUGCCAUAAGUUCAAACCAGUCAAAGGAGAAUGAUCUUUGUGAAAGAUUAGACAGUAUAGUUCCUCACCUAUUUGGAGACCAUUCAGGCUGUUCUGGGGAUUGGUGCACAUAUUCCAAGCAACCAGAAACUUACAGAUAUAAACAUCUCCCAAAAGGUGAACCAUUGUCAAAUGAAAACCUGCGUAAGCAAUUAGAGACAAUGACAGAAAAUUACAAGAAAAGAUCAAGCCAACUUGUAGAUUUAGGCUCAACACAGAGCAAUGAAAAUUUCAACAAUAUAGUGGCAAGCAAGGCUCCAAAAAAUAGAUCAUAUGGUGGAACCAGCUCAUUAAAAGCAAGAGUUUCAGCUGCAGUUCUUCAGAAGAAUGAAGGUUAUACCUGGGUUAACAAGGUAAACAAGAAAGCAUUGUUGUCACCAGGCACAAUCUCUGUAAGAGUUGGACAGAGGAUUGACAGAAAGAGACUCUGGCAAAAGAAGAAUAGCUCCUCAGUUCUUUUCAAACGUGACAGAUUUAAAAGAAAGAAUAAGAAAACCUUUCAACAAAUUAAGGCAGCUGUUAUAGAAGGAGAAACUUAUCAACCACAAAUUGAAGAAAAUGUGUCGGUAAGAGACAUUGAAAAAAUUCCAACAAAAUAUUCUUUGGAAGGCAUAGACAAUUAUGUUGUUUUUGAUUUAGAAACAACUGGGUUAUCAAGAACCUCUGAUAUUACACAAAUAUCAGCAUAUGAUGGGACAAACAUGCUUAAUCUUUAUGUGUCUCCACGACAAUCUAUUUCAUCAAAGGCCAGUGAUGUUACCGGUAUUACUUUCUCUUUUGAAAGAAACCAAAUGUAUUGCCAUGGUGUUCCAGUUGAAAGUGUUUGUAUAAGAACAGCCUUACUUCAACUAAUUGAAAUGAUACAGAAAAAAUCUCGUCCUGUGCUUGUUGGUCAUAACAUCCAUUCAUAUGAUGUUCCUGUACUAAGAAAUUUGUUGCACGAGUUUAAUCUGCUGAGUUCUUUUGAUGACCUAAUUUAUGGAUGCAUUGACACUUUGAAAAUUGCAAAACGUGAAAUACCAAAAGCUGAUGUUCUAAAUUAUAAGCAGCAAACAUUAGUUCAAAAGUUUCUGGAGAUUGUUUAUGAUGCUCAUAAUUCUGAGGAGGAUGUUAGAAGUUUAUACAAACUGUUCCAUCUGAAGCUGAAACAGACAUGUUCUGGAAAGGAUUUAUUUCCAUUUAAUUAUUUGUCAAUUGUAGAGGGUUUUUCUAGUGUCAUUGUUAAAAAGAUUAUUUCUAAAGACACUGCAAGGAAACUUUCCUGCACAGGUCUCAACCUUCAUCACCUGGAACUUGCUUACAAAAGAAACAAUGACGAUGGCGUAAAAUCCAUCAUGCAGGAACAUGGUUUGAAAGGGAAAACAGCAAAUGUAUUCAAGAAGUUUUUUUCUGAAAAAGAGGAAUAGACUGUAAAUGUGGUUAAAGACUCAGAAAAUUUCAUAUUUAUAUGCUAUAAUUCUAUAGAAAAACUGGUUAUGCCUAUCUAAAAUUUAAUCUUUUGAAACAACCCUUGAUAAUAGUUGAUUAUGAUUAAAGUGAAGUUUUUACUAAAUUUUGAGUAACCAAAGAGUAAUCACACUUAAAAUAUAUAUAAGAAUUAGGGAUUUGUUAUAAAAUUCCAGCAUCGUUUAAUGAUUACUCUGUCUGUAUGUCUGUCACAGUUUCCUUUUCUGUACAAUAAAUCAAGUUUGCCUUGACAGAGUGAAAAAAAUUAAUUCACAACAAGUAAAGUAUUUUCCUGUCAGAAUAAAUAUUUUCCAUUUAGUCAAUAAUGGUGGAUAACUUGCUGAAGCCUGACGGAUUAUUUCUCAUAUAGAUUUUUAUUUUGAUUGACCAAUUUUUCAUCAGAUCAUUAUGAACUUUUAUACAAAAGUAGGUGCUAUUGUAACAAUAUAAGUCAAUAGUUAUCUAAGUUAUCAACUGAUUCUUAAUAAAGGGGAGAUAACUUUAAUUUAUAUACAUAAACCAACAUAAUAAGCAUUAGGCUAGGCCAUAAAUCAGAAAUGAGGGGGACUCAUAAGGUCGAUGAAAGUAACAAUAUUGUCAGUUCCAAUGCUUUACCAUCUUGCCCCAUCCCCACCCCACCAUUUUUUCAACAUUUUUUUUAAAGAUUUGUUGUAGCAAUCUGAUCUAUGGGCAAAACAAUUGUUUUAUAUGAAGUUUUAAUGGAAUAUGUUUUUUUAAAGAUUGCAGUUUUCAUGAAAUUGGACAAACGUUUCAGUGAGUCCCUUGGAAACUGAAUCUGCCCCAUAUUUAUUUUUGAGACUAAACACUUUUGCAAGUUUAAUCCACAUUCUCAAUGACAUGGAUAUAUAUAUGUUGAUAUUAUAUUAUCAUACUUCUUAUAUGAUUUGCAUAAUAGAGAAUACUUUUAUAAAAUUGGUUGAAAUCCAGUAGUUGUUCAUGAAGUUGUUUAUUUCUCGAUAGAGGACGUUGACCAAACUUCUAUUUGUAAUCAAUGAGGCUAGAGUACAUGUAUGUAACAUAAUCUGACUCGAUGUUAAAACUAUUUAUUUGAAUACAGACACAAAAAAAUCCUUUGAUGAUCAUAAUAAGACUGUUAGUAUCAUGGAGUACAUAUUUUUGCAUGAACCAACAAAUAAAUUUAUGUGACUGGCCAAUUCAAUGACACAAAUAUACUACAUGUAUUACCCUAUUAUGGUGAUAACGAGUGUGGAAUUAUUUUUUUGACAAAAUUAAAGAAUUAUAUUAAGGAUUAACUUGUUUACAGGAAUUUAUUGGUUAAUACACUGGACCAAGUCAGUCAUACAUAUAUUUUCAGAGAAUGCAGUUUUCAUGAAAUUGGACAAAUGUUCUAGUGAGUCCUUUUACAAGAGUCAUCCACAUUCUCAUUCUGGAUAUGUAUUGGAAAUAGAUGUUAUAUUAUCAUAAUAUUUUGAUAAAUAAUACAGUUGUUUGUUUUAUAUUAUUGAGACAUGGUCCAUCUAGAUCAAAAUCAAUUGUUGUCUGUAAAAUGUCUGCUCUUGAGUUUUGUUUACAUUUAUAAAUGUGGA